ACCCACAUCUACACUGGACUGAGAAACCUGGUAAAAUUUGUUCAACUCGGAAGUGUCAGAACAUGUUUAAUGCUUUCACGUGACAGGACGACAAAAGUAACACUUCAUUCAAAGCAUUAACGUCGUCUGUUGUGUUCUUUGGUCGCUUUUUUCGCUAGCUUACUUAGUUAGCCACCUGUUACUCCAGCGAGCAUCUUUGUUUACAUUUUGCGACCAUAGCAAAGCUAGCCGACAUGCUUUACCUGCUCUCGUCACUGCUGUUUAACACGUAACGUUAUAUCGAUGAGUAGUUAUGAUGUUUUUUUCACUUAUGCAACUAUUCACACAAGUUGUUGGGCUGAAACUCAACUGAAAGCUUAACCUCAGUAAGUCAAGACAAGGUGUUAAAGAACUGAAAUUUGACAUGGACCCAUUAUUAGUCUAAUGUUUGAAAACGAAGAGAGUUCAAGCGAAGAUGUGGACAGUUUGAGGGAUCUGCUUAGACUAACGGAGAUCAGCCUGCAAAAUGUUGGACAGCAACUGAGUCAGUCAGGACAUGAUGAUGAGUUUGUGCAGCCAAGUCUUGAUCACCUGACCUUACAGGACCUGCAGACCCCUGAUGGUCCUCUCUACCAGCCAGGGUGUGUUUGUCAGGAGAGGCGUCUCAGCGGGACAGUUGAGAGACGUGCUGCUGGCAGUCUCAGCCCAUCAUCCACCAACUCAAGGUCUGCCUCAGUUAAGGCGAGGUCACUAGAGAUGGAGUCUGUUGCUGCAAGGAGGAAGUUGGGCUGUGUGCGUCAGGAGAACGCCUGCCUGACCAUGCAGGAUGAAGAGCUCAUCAGUGACCUGGAUGCCAUGCAGUAUGAAUUGGUCACCUCAAAGUCUCAGGUUUGUCACCGAGGUCCCAGGGUUGGGGUUAAAAACAAUGCAGCAGUCAUGAGUGAGCAGAUCCGUCGUCUUGAAGCAGAGCUGGAGGCUAAUGCCAACGAACUAAAGGCAGCCAAGCUCAGGAUUGAAUGUUGUCAGGAAGCAGCCGCUCACAGUGACAUUGUGGCAGCGGCUGUCACUGAUGAACUGAGAACAGUCAGAGAAGAGCUGGACAACUUGACAGCACUGUGCAAAAGGGCGGAGCAGCAAAGGAACCAAGCACUUCAAAAUGCAGAAAAACUCAAAGAAGCUUUCAAAGAGUACAAGGCCACCAUUUCCAUUAAACUCCAGAGGGUGAUGGAGAGUGAAAGCAAGUUAAAAGAGAGUCUUAUUGAGUGUGACAGAGAGAAGGAAGAGUUGGAAAUGAAAUGUACUCUGUUGGAGAGAGAGAAUGUAGAACAGAUUCAAACAAUCAGCGAACUCAAGGAGGAGGUGAAGCAGACAAAGUCCUCAGCUGCUGAGCACUCGGCCCUCCAGGCUAAGCUGGAAGAGGCCGGACGACGGGCCUCAUAUCUGGAGCAGCAGCUAGUGGAGCGGGCUGCAGAGUGCAGGGAGAUGGCCUCUGUGCGCAGAGAGCUGGAAGAUCUACGGACUCUGUCCCAGAGCCAGGAGCAGAGGGUGGCCCAGAGCCACAGAGAGGCUCAGCAGAGCCAGGCAGAGCUGGCCAGCUUGGAGGGCACACUGGCCCUGCUGCAUCUACGAGAGGGUGCUGUGGGGACACUCUGUGUCAGGCCUUGCACCCUGCCCACAUUUGACUAUUCAGGAACUGCACACCUGCUGAAGCUAAAGCCAGGUGAAGGCUACCAGCAGCUGCUGCGAGUGCUGCAGUCAAUCGACACUGAACGGACUAAACAGAGCAACCUGGUGGAGCGACUUCAGGAGCGUCUGAGCAGAGCCCAGGAGGAGAUCUCCUCCCUGCAGGGCUCCAUGGCCCAGAGAGCCUCCCAUUACCAGAGCCUCCACACUGAGCUGCUGGACAAAGUCAGCCAAGCCACUGACACAGAGAAAGAAUUAAAGAGGAAAAGUGCACGAGCAUCUGCGCUGGAAAAACAGUUACAGGAGAAAACAUCAGCCUACAGUCUGGCUGCACUGAAGAACACUGAGCUGGAAAACCAGCUAGCGGAGAAGACCAGCACUCUUCAGCAUUAUCAAUCACUGAUGACCAAAAAGCAAAAAGAGUACCAACAAUCUUUGGAGAAGUGUAAAAAAUCACAAGCUCAACAAUGCACAGAGCAACAGCACAGUAUAGAAAUGUUGCAGUUGUCUGUAGAGGAGGCUCAGUCUCGGGUGUUGGAGAUGGAACAGGAGCUGAGUUCUCUCCAGAAGGAACGAGACGAGGCGCAGAGAGCAGCUUUGCUCCUGCAGAGCUCUGUGGAACAACUCACAGAGGAGAGGCAGGUUGAAGUGAGGCACAAUGAUGAGUUGCUACAGAGUUUCAAGGAGCAGGCACUUGACUCUGCUGCCAAGGUGUGUGAGCUACAGUCGUCCCUGUCAGCAUGUAGAGAGGAGCUGAACUUGUAUCAGCAGCAGAUGGAGGAAGUAAAGAAGAUCUAUGAGACUGAGCUGCAGUGGAACAAUAACAUGGUGUCUUCUCUGCAGGAGAAGCUUCACACUGCCAGCCUGGAUUGUCAGAGCUCCAGUGAGCAGAACCUGCAGCUUCAGCUUUCUCUCCAGCAGCAGCAGACCAUGUUGACUGAGAGCACUGCCCGCAUCGCUGAACUGGAGGAGAGCCAGAGCCAGCUGCAAAGACAAGUGUCCUCCCUGGAGCAGCAGCUGGAACGUAUCCGGACGUCACUGCAGGACGAGGUGAGGAACAGAGAGCAGGACUCUCAGGAGAAAGACCAGGAUCUGCAGGAGGUCAACCAACAGAACACACAACUGUCUGAGACUGUCAGCGAUCUGACAUCAGAGAUGACAAAGUGUCGAGGGGAGCUGGUGUCUAAAGAGUCUGAGCUGCAGCGUCUUAGGAGGGACGUCACUGCCAAGACAUCAAAGAUCAGCCGCGUGGAGGAGAGUCUGCAACAGACAAAGAGCCUGCUCGACAGCAAGAGCGAGAUGGUCACAGAUCUGGAUGAGAAGCUCCAUCGCUCCGAGGCAGACAGGCUGAACUGUGCCCAGCGGGUCAAGGUCCUGGAGGGACAGCUGCAGGCGGUGCGUGGAGAGUUGGCUGACACUCUGGGGCAACUACGGGAACUUAGGGAUGUUCUGCAGAGAACCCAAACCAUCUCUGAUGAGCGGCAAACCGCGGUGGAAAAUCUGACUGUCCAACUUAGUGAAACACAGAGGGAGUUGGAGGAGAGAACUCAUGAAGUCUUAGACAUGGACAGUGCACUGAAGGAAAGACAGGGGGAGCUCCAAGAGAGGGCAAAUCUGCUAGGCCAACUGGAUGUAGCCAUCAAAGAGCACAAGCAGGAGAUGGAGAGGAAGGUGGAGUCUCUGCAGCAGAGCCUGGAGGCCAGAGAGAGCAAGCUGAGAGACACACAGAGGGAGCUCACAGACAGAAAAACGAAGGAGUCCCAAGACCUCAGCCAGCAGCUGCGUGUGUGUCAACAGAAACUUCAGACUUUACUACAAGAACUCGAAGAAAAUCGGCAUCACUGUGAUGCUCUGACCAGAGAGCUGGACGACACCAAGCUGCAGACAAAGGAGAAGGAUAUCCAGCUGUGUCGUGUACAGGAAGAGCUGGCUCUGAAGGAGGCCCGCUGGCUGCAGUCGGAGGCCGGGCUGCAGAGCAUGGUCACCUCUCUAGAGCAGGAGCUCGAGCUGGAGAGAGAGCAGCACAGCAAGGAGCUGGAGUCUCUGCAGCAGACUCGAGGCCAGCUCCUCAAAGUCUCUGAGCAGAUCUCCUCCUCCAUGCGCUCUUCCCAGGAACAGCUCACCGCUAAACUUCAGCAGAGCCAGAUCCAGCUGGAGCAAGCCAAGACUCAGUACGACCAGACCAAAUCCCAGCUGGAACAAACUAAGGCUGAUUUGAAUCACACCCGGACCAAAACCAGUCACCUCCAAGCACAGUUAGACCAGAGUCAGACCCUGCUCCUCCAGAGUAAAACCCAGCUGGAGCAGAGCAGGACUCUGUACGAGCAGACCAAGGCUCAGAACAAUCACCUCCAUGUGCAGCUUGAGCGGCUCAGUGCUCAGCUCAAUCAAGCCAGAGUCCAGACUGCUCGGCUCCAGGCUCAGAUCCACACCUCAAAGAAGUCCAUAGAGACCUCCAAUGAGUCCCUGCUCAUCAAGGAGUCUGAAGUGACCCGUCUCCAAGCCAGGAUCUCCAGUCUGGAGCGAGCUGCUGACCGCCAGAACCUGACUCCGUAUGACCACACGCUCUCCCUCCCUGCUCUGAACAAACUCACACACUCCCCAGAUCACUCCUGUUUGGUUCAGUCCCAUCCUUCCUCAACCAAAAGGCUUCAAACAAUUGUCCACUCUACUUCACAUUCUCACUCAACUCUCAGACAAACAUGCUCGUCACCCCCAGCUCACACAGACCCUCAUCUGUCAGACCAAACUGAAAGCCACCAAACUUGCAAUUGGCUGCAGAGCAGCAGCAUCAACUCCUCCCUGGAUCUCCCUCUGAGCCUGAAGGCCACAUUGAGGGAGGCACUGCGCCAUCAGCCGUGGGAAACCUCCUCCCCCUCUCUCACCUCAUCUUUGCCAGACACAGCGGGCUGCAGCUGGCAGGGCCUCAGCAGCACGGACGUCACGGCAACCUCCGACCUCUCCUUCAACCCCCUCACAUACAUGGUGGACAGGCAAGAAGACCGAAACUUCGACAGGGACGCUACCUUGAUGCAGGAGCGAGAUGAUGAGCAGAUGUGUGAGUCGAGCAGGGAGUCCGUGUGCACUCUGGUAGGUCAGGAGGAGGAGCAGGUGGACAUGAGUUCACUGACGGGGAUGCUGAGGUUUGUUAACCAGACGUUAGCGAUGCAGGAGGACCUUCCUUCGUGGAGCUCCGCAGGGUUCUCCCAGAGUGGACACAGGGUUUCACUCCAGAACGACGUCAAGGACACAUGAAGCAGAGAUGCCACGGAAACGUCAGAGAAGAGCUGUUUACAUAGUUUUUGUCGUUGUGUAUGUCUGUGUACAUUAGUUAUAUAUUAUAGGCCCACAUUCAUUAACAUUCCUUGUAAGUCUGUUCCAUUAAUGUGUGAUAAGAUCAGAUCAAGCUGCAAUAUUGUCGGACAUGGAAAAGAUAAAUUAUCAGUCCGAUU